AUGGCACGUUCGAAUAGUAAUGCAUCUCAACGCCGAAAGUUAGCUUUGAUCAUUGGCAACGGAAGAUACAAUUUAUCGGAAAACCGAUUAGAUUAUGCAAAACAGAAUGCGGACGAGUUGAGUGCGCUACUCAAAUCCGUCGGAUUCAAAGUGACCCUUGUCCAUGACAUACAACGACAUGAAUUUGCGAACUGUUUUGUUGCUUUCUCUGCAGCGAUUCGCGAAGAUGAUUUAGUGUUGAUCUAUUUCUGUGGUCAGGCAUGUCAUGUCGAUGGUACUAAUUUUCUUAUACCCACCGGGGAUAAUGAUAUUGAAACUAAAGAUGAUUUCGAAGACUCUGCUAAUAAGCUAAAGAAUAUGAUCACUCAAAUAGCGGAUUCGAAACAAUCAUAUGCAACGAUAUUUAUUUUCGAUUGUUCGAAACCUUACUUAGUGAAAAGCACAAAAAAAUCGAAGUCGCUAGAUCGAUGUGCGGGAUUGAAUAAAAUCUCACCAUCACCUCAAACAUUCAUCCAAUUUGCUCGCUCAAGUGAUGAUCAUGCGUCGACUAAUUUGUAUUUUGAACACUUACUGAAAAACAUUGUGCAAGAAAACGUGGAGCUUGUCGAUGCACUUCGACGAGUAGAAAAGGAUGUUGCUCAAGAAAGUAAUAAGAAACAACAGCCGUUAUCUAUGGAUAAUUUAGACAAAAGUCGAUCGAUCUGCCUGAACCCUGUUGUUCUUGAAAAAUGGGAUGAAGUCAAACCAAGUGAAAUGGCUGAAUUUAAGAAAAAACAGGCUGAACUGAAGGCAUGUUACGAUAAUUAUCCAACAAUCGACGAGCUGACAAAGAAAAACAAGUCAAGUAUUGAAAAAGCCGAAGGAUUGACAAAAGAAAUUCUGUCGAAAACGCCGUCCGGAGAUGCAACUAAAACAGACACCGUAUGUCACGUCCUAUACAAAUUAUUCGAACAGGAAAAUCAAGAAUGUCUAUUCUUUGAUUCCACUCAAGAUAUGAAACUUCACGAUGCAUCCAGUAAUCUAGCUGAUUUUAGUACUCAAGAUAAACCAUUUGUGCUAAAAUUGAAUAAUGUUCAUGGCCUGGGUACCAAAACUUACGCUGACGAUGGACAGCAAGGAUUGAAUGUUGUUCAAACAUUAGAACGUGCACGAGAACAAAACCAGUCGCAUCCAGUUCUUGAUGACAUUGUUGAUCGAUUGGCGAAAGCACAUGAUGUUAAUAAAAAGCAGAUCAAGAUCAAGAACUUCUUCUAUGGGUCAUGCGGUGUUGUCUACACCGUGGAUGAUCUACCAAAGAACAUAGUUAAGUCAUUGUCGACUGUUACCGACAGAUUACGAGAACGAUUCGAACAAUUCCAAUCGGCAAAGAUUCAUCCAUUGUUAUUUCGACCAUCAUUCGAUAUAUCGCAGUUUGAUGAACGUGGAAAUAAAACAUUUACAGAACAAGGGAAAUUAGAAGUUGGACCACCUGGACGUAAGAUGACAUACUAUCAACCAGUUGGAUGGACACGAUAUGGAUUGAAAGUAUUAGGUAGAUAUGAAAAUGAUACAUGGUUAGAUCCGUUUGGACAUGAAAAAAAUUGGUACAAAGCUUAUCAUGGAACCGGUCGUGCUGAAGCACAAGACUUCGGAAAAGCUGACGGUGAUAUUGAUAAACAAUACGCAGCGAUUGACGCAGCUGCGAGUAUUCACAAAAAUGGAUUCCGUGAAGCAAGAGUUCAUGUUUAUGGAGCAGGUGUUUAUUGUUCUCCAGAUCCUACUUUCCCCGUCAAGAAUUAUGUUGGUACAGUUGAGUUAAAAACUGAGCAAGGACCUAAAAAGUUUAUGUGCAUGCUUCAAGUAGCAGUGAAUCCAGACGGCGUUACGUUUACCACAGCACCACAAAUAUGGGUUGUUCCAAAGCCUAAAGACAUCCGAACAUACGGAAUACUUAUUAAAGAAGUUUAG